CCUGUGGCUUCUCCUGUUAGGCAUGUUGAUGUUGAUGACUCUGAGGUUGUUUUACUAUUCUAAAUCUGUGUAGAUUUUGAAUUCUGGCACUGUGUCUUGUAGUUGAUAAUUUUGGACUUUUGCUUUCAAAUUUGUGUAGAGCUUUGCGGUUGAUAUUUCUGUGGUUGAUGAUGACUUGGAGGACGAGCUUCUUGCUAGGUUAGACAUGUUGGUGGACCCAUGUGUCAAAUUAGAAUCUGCUUCAGAUAGCAAAGGGAAAUCUGUUGCUGAGGAGACAAAUCUGGAUACUGAUCCCCCUUCGCAAGAGCAGAUUAAGUUCGCCAUUUUAACCUUGCAGGAGCUUGUUGAUGGUGAUCUUUCUCACUUUUGCAGAGUACCAGAUCAACCAGCUGCUUUUGAAGCGGCUCAAAUUCUUAGCCAAGCUCCACAUUUGUCAUCUGCUAAACACAAAAUUUGGGCAGACUUCUGUAUCAUUUAUGCAGAUUUCAGCAAGAAAUUCUUGGCACUUGAGAGCAAGGUAGCAGCUGCAGAAUUUGUCAGGAAGUUUGUAACAGAUGGCACUGCCACUGUCUUUAAGAAGAAGGAAGAAUUCUUGGCAGCAAAGGUCGCUCAUGUGGCACAGAUCAAACAUCUCCAUGAUCUCAAGGAGGAAAUUUCUAACCUUGAAGCCAAGCUUGCAAAAUUGAGAAGCCAAGUUCCUCUUGCGGAGCAAAUGGAGAAGAAUUUGGCGAAACAACGGAACAAGCUCCAAACAGAUAUGGAAGCUGGCCUGAAAUCUGUUUCCAAGAUCAAGGAUCAACUCCCUUCUUUCACAGUUUCUGCAGAUGAAGCCGUUGAAGAACUCAAGAACAUGAGAGAAGAAUGGAAUAGUUGGUAAAGCAACUUUUGUUGAUUUCUUCUUAUAUGUAUCUCUUUUUCUCUUUGUUAGCUGAACUUGUCUAUUGUGACCCUUGAACUUAUUGUUUGCGGCCUAUUGGCCAUGCAAACUCCUUUUUCAAUGUUGAUCUCUUUCUUUGCUCAUAUUCUGGAAAUCUA